UGCAGACGAUCUGAUCAAAUCAGAAACUCGCUACCUAUCGCUCACUUCACCACUUUCUGAAUUCUCCCAGCAUCGAGCAGGGGAGCAGCUUCUGCACUAUGGCGUCCACUGUUGCCUGCUCCACCGUUGUGGCCCCAGCUGUAUUCGCUGCGGCCUCCUCGUCGGUUGCCUCCUCUGACUCUGUCACUGUCAAGGCUUCCACCUGCCUCAAGGGACCCACCUUCUUCGCCUCCAAGAGCCAGAAGUUGAGCUCCGUUCAGAACGGCAGCCGUGUGCAAUGCAUGCAGGUGUGGAACCCCAUCGGCAUGACCAAGUUUGAGACCUUCUCGUACUUGCCCCCAUUGUCAGAUGAGGCCAUUGCCAAGCAGGUGGAGUACAUGAUCCAGCAGAAGCUCAUCCCCUGCCUCGAGUUCGACCUGAACUCAAAAGGUGUGUCCCGGGACAACAACUCUAGCCCUGGGUACUACGAUGGCCGCUACUGGACCAUGUGGAAAUUGCCAAUGUUCGGGUGCAAUGACUCUGCCCAGGUGUUGAGGGAAAUUCAAGAGUGCAAGACGACCUUCCCCAACUGCUGGGUGCGCGUAUUGGGCUUCGAUAACGUGAAGCAGGUGCAAAUCUGCGGCUUCUUGGUUGCCAGGCCUAACUAGAUGAUCAAUGUAGCUAGUAGAGAGGCAUAGGGAUUUGCUCAAAACUCAUGUACACUACUCGCCUUUGGCUCAUAAUAGAAUAAGAGAAGGCAGCUUUAUGGUAUUGA